GAAAAUUCCAGCGCUAUUUCUACGUUAACAGUAUACAAGGUACCAUAUCCGUAGUUGAUGCUAGCGAUUUUCCUUAGUUUAUUUGUAGUUCCUUCUGGGUGGUGUCUGCUAAAAAUUCAAGCGUUCGAGUUGUUUCGGAAUGCCUUAGAGAAAGAAAUGGGAAUACGCUGAAGGGGCGAGUCGUAUGUAUGGUAUCGUUUCUGCGCAUGGAAGAACGGAAGAAAUUAUAAAGCAACAUACAAUUCAUUAAUCCGUAUCGUGAAGACCGCCCGCGUAGCCUUUACGCCGCAUCCGCAACGCAGCUGUGUGCCGGUAUCACCUGCUCCUAAAUAUGACUCGGGGUUUCAUCCCCCUUGCGCAAUCGAAGGAAUUAUGAUAUUUCCAAGUUUUCACGGUUGGUAUCGACUUAUUCCGGUCGCCGUAACGAUAAUUGCUUGGCUCGUGUCUGGGCAGACUAUAUUUGACUACGCUCGUCACCUGACGCAUCAGGCCGAACGUUACUUGGACGAUUUGAAGUUCGGCAUAAAGGCAAUUAGGAACGGACUAAACACCGUCGAAGAUGUGUUGAAAGACUCGAAAGAGCCUGUGUGUGCUUACAAGUGCCCCGACGGAUCAUCACCGAAACCCAAGAUUGGUUAUAAAGCAGAUUCCAAUGGCUGUGGUGCUUAUGGCUUCCAGGUGGAAGCAAAGCAACUUCCGCACAAGGAGAUGAACUCGUGUUGCCACAAGCAUGACCUCUGCUAUGGCACCUGCCUGGCUGACAAGGAUGAGUGUGACUCGAGGUUUCUGAGCUGUCUGGACAUAGUCUGUGAUAAGAAGGCCGGUAGGAAUCACAAGGACAAGAACUCUCAGGGUUGCAAAGCAGCAGCACAUGCAUUCUACACAGGAAGUCAGUACCUUGGCUGCAAGGCAUACAAGGACGCCCAGAGGCAGGCCUGCUACUGCCCCAAGAAGCAUGAGCUGUGAUGUGUAUGCAUGCAUUUUGUCAUGUGUCCUGCAAAAGCAUGGCAGUUUUAAUUAUCCCUUCACUCUUAUAUUCUCUUCCUUUCUUACAUAUUUUUUCCCCCUUUUAAUCUUGUAGCUCUUGCACAGGGAUAAGUACGUGUUCAAAUGCAUAGCUGUGUAUAAGUUACUCAGAAGAGCACAAUACUAUGUUCUUUCUGCACCCAUUACAGUGAGGAUACUAAGUUUAAGUGGCUUUUCAAUACAGCCUGGAAGCCACGUGCAUUUAUGUCUCCUUACUACUACAGUCUGUGGCAGCUCUUACUCUGUAGUGUUUUCGCUGGUGGUCUUCUCACCUAGUAGCUGUCUCUUGUAAAAUAAAUGUGCUGCUAUAAGGCACUGAGCAGUGUUGUUGCAUAGCAAUGCACCAGAACUGUAUUGUCUGUUCUGUUAUUUCAGCUAUGGUGCUGUAUUAUGCGCACUGAGAAUAUAUGCUCUGGGCACAAGAAAUAAAAGGCUGUUGAUAGCUGUU